AUGCAGGCGUUGUUGCAGCUUGGCCUCAGCCUUGUACUGCUCGCACCACAAUAUGCCACUACAGCCGCGGUACCUAGCUCUCAGUGCCAGAAGCAGUGCGGCAACGUUGACAUACCGUACCCAUUCGGCAUCGGCGAGAAGUGCUCACUCUCCCGAGGCUUCACCAUCAAAUGCACGGUCAAAGAUGGCAUCCACAAGCCAUUCUCGGGCGACUUUGAGGUCCUCGAUAUUUCCUUGACGCAUGCCACGAUCCGGGUGCUGAACUACAUCUUGGGGUCCUGCUACAACACCUCUACCAGCAGCAUGGUGUAUCCGGGCCUUUAUGGUUGGGGCAUCGAGUCUUCACCUGCCUCUCCCCUCCGGCUUUCCAACGUCCAGAACAAGUUCACUGUCAUUGGGUGCAACGCCCUCGCCUACAUAUCCGACUACAAUGGCACAGGCUACCAGGCCAUGGGUGUUGCAACAUGCCGUGACCCGUCAGACUUGGUCGACGGUUCUUGCUCUGGGAUGGGCUGCUCUCAGACCACGAUACCAAACAGGAUUUAUGACUACAGUGUAAGGUUCUCGAGACUUGCCAACACAAGUCGGAUCUGGAGAUUCAACCGCUGCAGCUAUGCGGUGUUGAUGGAGGCAGCUGCGUUCAAGUUCGACGUCUCAUACAUAAACACCACAAAGUUCAACGACACAAAUGCUGGGCGGGCGCCUAUGGUGUAUGACUGGGCAAUAAGGGAUGUUGUGCGAUGUGAUGUCGCCCGACGGAACGAGACGGGCACAUAUGCAUGUCUUAGCAGCAACAGCAAAUGCGUCGAUUCAACCAAUGAUCAAGGGUAUAUGUGCAAUUGCACACAUGGGUAUGAAGGCAACCCUUAUCUUCAAGACGGAUGCAAAGAUGUUAACGAAUGCAACCACAACCCAUGCCCUUCCGAUGGCUUCUGCCGCAAUAUCAUUGGAGAACACCGGUGUUCUUGCCGAGUAGGAAAAAAAUAUGUCAAGGAAAGCAAUACAUGCAACCCUGACACCGGCUUUAUAAUAGGAGUUACAAUGGGAUUAUUUGGUCUAAUGGUUAUCAUUGUGAUUACUAUCUUCUGGGGACAAAUGAUAAUUCAAAAGAGAAAACUGAACAAAGUUAAGCAAGAGUAUUUUCGUCAACAUGGAGGCUUGCUUUUGUUUGAUAGGAUGAAAUCCGAUAAAGGUCUUGCUUUCACCGUAUAUUCACAAGCUGAACUAAUUCAAGCCACUGGCAACUUCGACAAUGGUAGAAUACUUGGAAAAGGGGGCCAUGGAACGGUCUAUAAAGGGAUAAUAAAGAACAUGCCAAUUGCAGUUAAAAGAUGUGCAUUAGUCGACGACAGGCAGAAGAAGGAAUUUGGCCAGGAGAUGCUCAUUUUGUCCCAAAUCAACCACAAAAACAUUGUCAAACUCUUGGGUUGUUGCCUCGAGGUGGAAGUUCCAAUUCUAGUGUAUGAGUAUGUACCACAUGGUACACUAUUCGAGCUAAUCCAUGGCAAGAACCAUGCAUUGCAAAUAUCCUUCAACACUCUCUUAAGGAUUGCUCAUGAAGCAGCUGAAGGACUUUGCUUCCUGCAUUCGUACGCGUCUCCUCCAAUAAUUCACGGUGAUGUGAAAACUUCCAACAUCCUACUUGAUGACAACUACAUGGCCAAAGUCUCGGACUUUGGAGCCUCCAUACUAGCACCGUCUGACAAAGAGCAGUUUGUCACAAUGGUUCAAGGUACUUGUGGAUACCUUGAUCCUGAAUACAUGCAAACAUGCCAGUUAACAGAGAAAAGUGAUGUGUAUAGCUUUGGAGUUAUCCUUCUAGAGAUCCUCACCGGUCAGUUGCCGCUAAAGCUCGAAGGAUCUGAGACACAAAGGAGUUUGUCAUCAAUUUUUUUGUCUGCUAUGAAAGAAAACAAUCUUGAUGCAGUGUUAGUGAGCCAUGUGAAAGGCGAGGAGAGCAUGGAGUUACUGAGAGGACUUGCAGACCUUGCUAAAAAAUGCCUAGAUAUGUGCGGUGACAAUAGGCCCCUUAUGAAAGAUGUUGCUGAUGAGCUCAAUAGAUUGAGGAAGCUUUCAGUGCAUCCUUGGGUACGGAUUGACUUGGAGAUGGAUGCCGAAAGCCUUCUUGGUGGAGAAUCUACUAGCGGUUAUGAAAUCGAAUUAAAUGGGUAUCCUAUGGGUGAAAGUGAGAACCAACCCAUAAACCCACGAAGUUCCUAUUAUGCAAGGUGA